UUUCACCGGCUGCUGUCCUCGCUUCCGUUAGGAGUCGCGCGCGCUGGGGAAUGGAACGUGGUGCUGGUCGCGCUCAGGUCGGUGGUGCUGCUGCUGCGCAGAGAGGAGGCGCGGGAAGGGACGGUCGCUCCUGCUGCUGGUUAGUGCGGGGACCCAGGCGCCCAGCUUCUAAUGCUUCUGCGCCAGGCCACCAUGCACAGGAGACAUCUCCAGGAAAUCCCAGCUUCAGACAGCAAUGUUUCCACAAGCUUCACGUGGUCGUGGGAUCCCACCAAAACAUCAGAGCUACUCUCAGGCAUGGGAGUGUCUGUCCUUAAGAAAGAGAAGCUGGGCAGUGAGAACACCCCUCAGGAGCUGCUAGUGUCUCUUUAUCCUCAGAAACGACAGAAAGUGAAAGAGAAGGACAAGGAGUUUGUGAUUGCACGCAGGCCUAGGCUGUUCCGAGAGACAGAGUCAGGUAUUUCUUGGGAUGCACUACCAGAUGAAUUACUGUUAGGGAUCUUGGUAUACUUACCACUAAUUGACCUGCUAAAAGUUUCCCAGAUUUGCAAGAGAUGGCAACGCCUAGCGUUUGAUGAAUCGCUCUGGCAGACCCUUGAUCUGACUGGUAAAAAUCUGCUGCCAGGAGUGAUUGGGCAGUUGCUCCCUGUGGGUGUAACUGUAUUCCGUUGUCCAAGAUCCUGUAUUGGAAAACCAUUGUUUAAAAACAACCGACCUCUUAGAGUGAAACAUAUGGACAUAUCCAAUUGCACAAUAAAUGUUGCAGAUCUCCAUACUAUUCUUUGUCGUUGUGAUAGACUACAGAACCUCAGCUUGGAAGGACUGGUGCUUUCUAAUGAUAUAAUUAGAAGCAUCGCUCAGAAUUCCAGUUUGGUGCGAUUAAAUCUCUCUGGAUGUUCUGAAUUUUCUGCAGAAGCAUUGACUAUGAUGUUGAUCAGCUGUUCUGGAUUGGAAGAGUUGAACUUGUCCUGGUGUGACUUCACAGCUGAUCACAUUAAAGCAGCAGUCAACCACAUUUCUACAAAUGUAACUCAACUAAAUUUUAGCGGAUACAGACACAAUCUACAGAUAUCAGAUAUUAAGACAUUGGUGACAAGAUGCCCUUAUCUCGUCCAGUUAGAUUUAAGUGACAGUGCAAUGUUGAAACCUGAAUGUUUUCAAUAUUUUCAUCAGCUCAUCUACCUACAGCAUUUGUCUCUUAGUAGAUGUUAUCAGAUAUCUCCUGCUGACUUACUUGAGCUUGGUGAAAUUCCCACACUAAAGACUCUUCAAGCUUUUGGAAUAAUGACUGACAAUUCCCUACAGCUCCUAAAAGAAACACUUCCCCACAUAAAGAUCAAUUGUUCACAUUUUACAACCAUUGCACGGCCAACUGUUGGCAGCAAAAAGAACCAGGAGAUCUGGGGCAUCAAAUGCAGAUUGACACUGAGAAAUCCUAGUGGUUUGUGAUGCAGAGUUUGCUAGAUAUUUUCUUUUGUUGGCACCAAGCGUGGUGUGCUUCAUCAAGAAACCCAAACACUGGAGCAUCACUCAAGUUCUUCUUGUGAAAAGUGUUUUAACGUGGUCUUAUGCUACAAUUUACUUUCAUAAGUAUAUUUUUAUAUUGUCCUUCCCUUACUGCCUUCAGAAAUGUGUCCCGAAAUCUAAUCAGGUAUGAGUAAUUGUAGGCAUUUUAAGUCAGUCAAUCUUGCUUUUAGAUGUUUGCAAAAUCCAAGUGACUAUUGCAAUUGUGCUAAACAUGAUUAAGUUAGAAAGUUUGGUAAAUAUUGCAGCUGUUCUAGUUAUUUGGCAGUGUGCUUAAUUCUGCAGUCUGUGAUGUUGCUUUAUUUGAACUGUGAGGGUCCAAAGAUGCUUCUGUAAUAUUUUCCAAAUACACAGCUUUGAAUAAGGCCCUUGCAAAGUAGAGUGAUGUUCUGUCAUUAGGGAACUCUUACUUCAUUACAACUCAGUACAUUCCUGACUGUUCAAAGUUUAGAGCUCAGAAUGAGUAAGGGCAUUAAGUCUAUUUAGACUCUUAACUGAACAGGAUGGAAUAUUUGGUGCUACCUACCUUUUUGGGGGGGGGGCUGGGAAGGAACCAUGGCUUUGGACACUAAAUUCACUGAAACUUAAUGCAAUAGGAGCCGUGGGAAGGGAGAUCCACACAAAAGGAGCUAUGAGGAAGCUGAAUCAGACACUAGUUAUAAGGCAGCAGAACAGAGCUACAGUGCAUUUUUUCCAACAAUUACAGAAGUGACCCUCACUGGUUCAAAAUGACUGUGCUGAGGAGUUUAAAACUUGAAAUCCCUUUCCAAGUUUUUGAAACCAAGAUCUCACCUGUCAGGGUGAAGUUUUCAUUGGUUAUUGUCCGACUUACAUUCCAGUUCUGUGCCACUUAAUCAGCAUUUAACUUCUUCUGAUUUGUGAUUUCCACAGUUUCUAAAGAUGCAUUAUUAAUGCAAGAAUCUCUUCAUAGGUAAGCUUAGUAUGAUGUUUCUUUUUAUAUAGCCCUGUAUUCACAUCCCUUCAUUGAGACACUGCAGGGCUAAGGAGCAGUAAAGAGGGAAAUACACAGAACUCCAGAGCUCUUCAGGGCAAGGAGAGGAAGGGAUUGCUGGGAUCUAAUGGGCGUCAAGCGCUCCACAGUACAGAAGCAGCAAUCUUGCAGAUAUGCUUGCUAUGGCAAAGGGAGAUAUAGGUCACCACAUAUUCCCUUAAGUUCUACAAUGCAAAAAAUGUUGCAAACUUUAAGUUUCUAGGCUCUGUUGUCCCAGUUCCUGUAUUUUAAAGAAACCCACCAAAAACUUAGCAACUUCGAUGGUAGUUCAGCAGAGAAAAAUAUGUAAAUAUUUGAACAAUUAGAUAACUAUUCGAGCCCAUAAGAAGGGAAAGGAUAGAUAUGUGGCUAAGGCACAGGAGUAAGCCUUAGAUCUGGUUCUUUGUGCCUCUGUUCACCAUGUGUAAAAUGGAUGUAGUACAUCCCUGUUUGAGGUGCUGAGAAUAAGUUUAUUCAUGACUGAGGUGGCUAGACAGAAAGGUGCCCAAGGCCAUAAGGUUACCUUCAGAAAUAAAAUGUACAGUAAACGCUCAGUUACAAACUGACUGGUCAACUACACACCUCAUUUGGAACUGCAAGUACACAAUCAGGCAGCAGCAGAGAUGGGAAGAAGGAAAAGUACAGUAGUGUGUUAAACAACAAACUAAUAAAAUAAAGAGGGAAAGUUUUAAAAAGAUUUGAGGUAAGGAAACGUGCUUCUAAUUUAAAUUAAAAUGGUUUAAAGUAGCAUUUUUUCUUUUGCAUAACGAAGUUUCAAAGCUGUAUUAAGUCAACGUUCAGUUGUAAUCUUUUGAAAGACCCACCAUAACGUUUUGUUUAAAGUUAUGAACAUUUCAGAGUUACAAACAACCUCUAUUCCCAAGAUGUUUGUAACUGAGAUUCUACUGUACAACCAUAAAGUAAAAAGAAAAGGAGUACUUGUGACACCAUAGAGACUAACAAAUCUAUUUGAGCAUAAGCUUUCGAUGCAUCCGAUGAAGUGAGCUGUAGCUCAUGAAAGCUUAUGCUCAAAUAAAUGUUAGUCUCUAAGGUGCCACAAGUACUUUUCUUUUUGCGGAUACAGACUAACACGGCUGCUACUCUGAAACCAUGAAGUAGUUUCAGUAAUCGGAUGUGUGGUGUUAACAGAGAAAGAGGAGAAUCUGGGUUUUAACUUUUCCCAACCCUUAUUCCCUUGGAGGUGGAGGGGGUGACAAAUUUGCAGCAGGCUUAAACAUUUAUGUAGCAAUUCACAUAUCCUAGGUAUCCUUAACUGUGCUUUCACUUUAAGCAGCUGCAGAAGUUGAGACCAAUCUAAGUCUUCCUGGAUACUCCCAUUUCUAUAUCCCAUAUUCACCAUAAAGAAGAAGGAGUACUUGUGGCACCUUAGAGAUUAACAUUUAUUUGAGCAUAAGCUUUCGUGAGCUACAGCUCACUUUAUCCGAUGAAGUGAGCUGUAGCUCACGCAAGCUUAUGCUCAAAUAAAUGAGUUAGUCUCUAAGGUGCCACAAGUACUCCUUUUCUUUUUGCGAAUACAGACUAACACGGCUGCUACUCUAAAAGAUUCACCAUAGUUGGUCAGUCUUUUGCUGUAACACUCCAUUAAGUCUCACUUCUGAAUUUAUACUUGCAACCAGUGUGACAAGAUAUGGCACUCAGCACUAACCCCCCCCCCCCCAUUCUACGUCUGUCCCUAGUAGGGAGUUUAGAAAGAACCCCCUCUCCUCCAACUAGCAACAGGACCAUCCAGUCUACUAGAGAUGGCUACUGCUAAUCAGUUUUACAUGGAAGGUGAUCAAGUGUUAUAGUGAAGGGCAGCAGUAUAAAACAUUAAGGGUACAUCUAUACUUAACAUUACAGCUGCACUGCUGUAACACUUAUGUUGAUAGGAGGGAUUCUGUUGGUGUAGAUAAUCCACCUCCCCAAGAGGCCAUAGCUAGGUCAAUGGAAGAAUUCUUUUGUCAACCUAGUGCUAUACAGGGACUUUGGUCAGCUUAACUACACUACUCGGGCUUGAAUUGUUCACACCUCUGAAUGAUGUAGUUAUGCCAAUCUAAUUUUCUAGUGUAGACCAGCCUAAGAUAGAUACGCUUUCUUUCAUCUGAUGACUCUUAACCCAUUCAAAAGUCCUUAAACAUCUCCAGCUGGAGGUGAAUCACUUAAGGUAUGGAAUUAGACCCUUUACUAUCACAUACAACAGUGUGGGGUAGUGUUGGCACUAUUACUUCCAGUCAAACUACUUCUCCCACUUGACAUCUUGUUUUGAGUUUACUGAGGACAGCCAAGUUACAUAUCUAAGCAGCCUGACAUUUUUGAAAUACCUGCCUGAGUAAGGUCUUCAUAGCAAGGGAUCCUAAAGAUUUAAUUUAUAAUUAUAAAGACAAAGGUAUUAAGGGGUGAAGUGUUCUCUGCAUAACUUCAUACAUUU